UAAUCAUAUCUUUUCCUUUCGAAACACCAAACCUCCACAGUUUUCUUAGUUCAUGAAUGUUACACAAUAAUGCUAUUCAUUUGGAAUAAUUUAAACAAGUGUUUAGCUUUUUUAAGGAAAAAACGUGUAAAGUGAUACUACCAGUGUGAAUUAUACUCAUAGUACCGAGUAAUUUAGUGUAGUGACAGUUUUUGAUUGAACGAAUUGCAAUGAAUAAAUUUAAAAGGAUGAUACUUUUGGAUGUGCUAAUGGCGGGCUGGGGUCUAAGCACUUGGCUGGGUGUGAACGGCAUGUACGUGCAACUGCCGCUGCUGGUACAGGAGCUGCCCGAGGGCUGGGCGCUGCCCUCUUCCAUGACCGUGGCGAUAGCCGCCGCCAAUGUUGGCUUGUUUCUGUACGCGGCUCUGCGUCGGCUGCUUCCACGCGUGUCAGAUUCCCACCACAUUUUGGGGCUACUUGUGAUGAUAACUUUAGCUCUCUUCAUCAAUUCUUUUGUUUACUCUAAAACUGCAGUAAUCGGUACCACUGAGCGCUCUGUAGCGUUCCUCACAAUAACAUUUUUCGUAGCAUUAGUCGGAUGUACAAGUUCAGUGUUGUUUUAUCCGUACCUAAGACACUUUAGGGACAUUUACUUAGCUACUUAUUUAGUGGGAGAAGGAUUGAGCGGUUUCCUACCCAGUAUUUUGGCACUGAUACAAGGCGCGAGUGGAGCUCCUGAGUGUGUACCUUCGGCUGACAAUUCGACUAUCGAGGCGAUCUAUCCGCCGCCACGCUUCGAGCCAAUGGUGUUCAUGUUAGUACUGAGUGGUCUCGCUAUUAUCAGUGUUAUAAGUUUUGUCUUUAUAGACAAAACUGAGAUAUUCACAUCAGAAAAAGUUUCUACUGUUGCAAAGCAGGAAUCAAAUGAUGAGUCGAAAAAGCUUGAGUCGGACUCCUGGCGUCACCCGCGUUGGAUUCCUGUCACAAUAUUGGUAGUUAUUUUGAACGGUCUAGCAAAUGGUGUGAUGCCUUCAAUUCAGUCGUACUCAUGUAUGCCAUACGGAAACAAAGUGUAUCACCUAGCAGUAACGUUGAGUACCAUGGCAAACCCGAUGGCUUGUCUGGCAGGAAUUUGGUUGCUGGCACCUGUCAAGCUGUUGAUGACAAUGCUGGUGUUCGCUGCACUGCCCUUCGGAUAUAUCCUCACGACAGCCUUGAGGAGUCCUACACCACCUCUUCAUGAGAAAAUUAGCGGGGAAGCUUUGGUGGUGGUGUCCUGGGUAGCGCUAACCGCCGUGAUCUCGUACUCGCGCAUGUGGACGCUGUCUCUCGGGCGGCGAGGCGGUGUGGCCGUGAUGCGCUCGCUCGGCGCGUUCGGACAGCUCGGCUCGGUGAUAGCCUCGCUCACCAUGUACGCCAUCGUCAACUACACUAACACCUUUAUUGAACCCCCAGUUUGUCCUACACCCUCUAAUUAAAGUACAUAUUUGCUUAAUUCUAUGUUACUAAGUUUAGUCAUAGGAUUUGGAAUGGUAUAAGACUAGGAAUGAUUUAUUACAGGUACUUAAUUAAAUGUGUCAUGGAAACUGAUCGCAAUCACCACUAUCAUAGUUAUGAUGAUUACAUGCUUCACUAGACGACGACACACAUCUUCACAUAGUUCCAAGUACCUUUCUAUUAUUUAUUUUGUAUCCAGUUUCAACCGCUUAAUAUACACAUAGCAAUAAUUUAAUCAAAGAGUGUGUUUGUUUUCAUGUUUGUUAUUUACUCGCUACCAUUUAAAGAGAUAUCAGAAUUGCACAAAAGCCCGUGUCAGUAAAUUUUUUAAUUAUUUUAGGUACUCAUUCUAAAAAAAUAUAAGAUGUACGGAUUCGGUAGGUAUAGAUUGACCUACAAAACUAGUGAGAACUAAGCAAGUCUAACAUUAUUAGUUAUGUACUUGGUGGGUUUACAAGCAAAUACAAUUAAAUAAGUAACUUACUUCAACAAAUAAAAUCCUGAAUAAAAUAAUGUGACGAAAAUA